ACCCUAAAUUUUUGUUGACCCCAAUUCCCCAUCUCUCUCUUCUUUGAUCUUCUUACCACCCAAACAAACCUAGGGUUUCUAAUGGAGACCAGACCACACCCUGAAACCCCACAAACCCUAACCCAAGAAAAUCCAUUAGACCAUAGUGAACCAGAUGCCAAUUUUUCCAUUGCCAAGUCCUAUGAAUGCACCUUUUGCAAGAGAGGUUUCUCAACAGCCCAAGCUCUAGGUGGUCAUAUGAACAUACAUAGGAGAGAGAGAGCAAAGCUUAAGCACUCUCUCUCUCCUCUCUCUCCUCCUCAUUUGGGCCUGGUUUCUCUCCCGUCUCAAUCGGACAACUCUAUGAAUUAUCACCCUAUGUAUAAUUCGGCCCGUGGGUCUUCUUCAUAUUAUGAAAUGGAGCGAGAAAAUGAGGAUAGAUGGCUUAGUUGGCCAUACCUAGUGGAAAGGGAUGAGAGAGAAACUGGAGAUGAGGAGGCUGUGGAGAUUAGGCAGCUUCCUUUGUUUGUGGAGGGGCCUGUAGAGAGAGAGAGAGGUAGUGAAGAUAGGGGCUUGGUUGCUGAGAUGAAGCUCGGAGAGAUGCCUGGUGGUGGAGUGGAAAUCCAUGAAGGUGUGGACUUGGAGCUUAGACUUGGGCGUGAACCUCAAGAGAUUGUGUUGCAAUUGGCUCUUAAGGGAUUGCAGUAAGAGAGAAAGAGAUUUCUCUUAUAGAUUGUUUGAUGGAGUUGUGUUCAUGAUUAGUUUUGUGAAUAUAUAAAGGAGAAAAGUUUCCCAAUUAAUGGAUUUGGGAAUUGUUGGGGUGGUGAAGGAAGAGGAUCAAAGGGGUCACUCUGCUCAUGUUAUAUUAUGUUGUUGGGCAUGAGGUACAUAAUUCUCCUUUCCCACUGUUAGUAUUGAAGGCGAUCAUUUAGCAAAAGAAGGAAAUAGAUAAAUGCAGGUAUUCUUGUUCAUAAAUGUUAUUGUAACAUAUGAAGUUCAU